CUAAGUAGAGCAACCAUGGGCAUCACCUUCGACAACCUGGACACGGACGCCGGCCUCAAGAAGCUCAACGGCUUCCUGACCAACCGCAGCUACGUGGAGGGCUACCAGUUCAGCUCGGCCGACGCCGCCCUGUUCCAGCAGUUCUCGGCCGUGCCCGAUGCCGCCAAGUACGCCAACGUCUACCGCUGGUAUGUGCACGCGGCCGCCAAGCUGGGCCUGCGCGCCAUCCUGGUGACCAAGAAGGCCGCCGCCCCCAAGGCCGCCGCUGCCCCUGCCAAGAAGGCCGCCGCCCCCGCCAAGGACGAGGACGACGACGACGACGACGACGACCUGUUCGGCGACGACGACGACGAGGACGACGAGGCCGCCAAGGCCCUGGCCGCCAAGCGCGCCGAGGCCGCCAAGGCCGCCAAGAAGGAGAAGAAGAAGCCCGUGGAGCGCUCGCAGGUGGUCAUCGAGGUGAAGCCCUGGGAGGCCGAGACGGACCUCGAGGAGCUGGCCGCCAAGAUCAAGGCGCUGCCCGUGGAGGGCCUGACCUGGGGCGAGGGCCACAAGCUGGUGCCCGUGGCCUUCGGCAUCAAGAAGCUUCUUGUGCAGUGCGUCAUCAUCGACGACCUCGUGCUGCUGGACGACAUCACGGAGGCCAUCGAGGGCUUCGAGGACUACGUGCAGUCGGUGGACAUUGCCUCGAUGAACAAGCUGUAAGCAGAGAAUUGCUUUGGCUUAGGUAGGUUGUCGUCGGUCGGUCCCCCGCAACAACAAGAGGAUGUGUGGACGGACGGAUCUGGAGCUCGCCUGGAUGUUGUGGUCGGCGCUGCGCACUGCAGAUUGGUUUCCCGGCUUGGCUGAGCUGCUUCUGGACGUGAGCUACGAGUAGAAAUAAAAAAC